AUGGAGGAAAGAAAGUGCCUGAACACCACAGGAAAGAAAGGCUGCACGGCCACACCUGUCCAGCCAGAAAGAGAACAAUGCUCUGGAGUGGUGUCCACUUUGGCCAAGAAUCAAGCCCAGACUGCGGGCUUGGGCAACAGCACCAACACCGUCAAGUACCGGAACCAAGACUUUGAGGCACUGAGGAGCAAGUGUCUGAGCAGGGGGGAGCAGUUCUGUGACCCCAUUUUCCCAGCUGCCCCCGAGUCCCUGGGCUACAAGGAGCUCGGACCAAACUCUCCCAAGACCAGAGGAGUGCAAUGGAAAAGACCCUCAGAGCUGUGCUCAGACCCCAAGUUCAUCAUCAGCGGAGCCACGAGGACCGACAUCUGCCAAGGGGCUCUGGGUGACUGCUGGCUGAUGGCUGCCAUCGCCUCUCUGACUCUGGACCAAAAGAUUCUAGCACGAGUGAUUCAUCCUGAGCAGAGCUUCGCGAAGGACUACGCUGGAAUCUUUCACUUUCAGCUGUGGCAGUAUGGACAGUGGGUGGACGUUGUCAUUGAUGACAAACUGCCCACCAGAGACGGGAGACUGUUGUUCGUUCACUCAGCUGACAGAAAUGAGUUCUGGAGCGCGCUGCUGGAGAAGGCCUACGCUAAGGUGAACGGCAGCUAUGAGGCUCUUUCUGGAGGCUGGGCUUCUGAAGGUUUCGAAGACUUUACUGGAGGCGUUGCAGAAAGCUACGAGCUCAGCAAAGCUCCUUCGAACCUGUUUAAUAUCAUAAAGCAGGCCCUGAGCCGGGGUUCUCUGCUGUGCACAACUAUAUAUGGCAGUAGAAAUGAAAUGGAGGCUGUGACCAAAGAGAAGCUGGUCAAGACACAUGUCUACUCCGUCACAGGAGCAGUGGAGGUUAAUGUUGGUGGAAGUAAGGUGCAACUGGUGCGCCUCAGGAACCCCUGGGGACAAACGGAAUGGAACGGCGCUUGGAGUGAUAAUUCCAAGGAGUGGGACCAGGUCCUGCCUCAGGAGAAGGCCAAACUCAAUUACUCUGCAGAGGAUGGAGAGUUCUGGAUGGCGUAUUCAGACUUUAAGGUGCGGUACUCAAAGUUGGAGAUCUGCAACCUGACACCAGAUGCUUCGAAUAGCAAUCGUGUCAGCAAGUGGGCCCUUCAGCAGUUUGAAGGCAGCUGGAAAGUUGGCUCGACUGCCGGUGGCUGCAUUAAUAACACAGACACGUUCUGGAUAAACCCGCAGUAUAAGAUCACCCUGCUGGAGGAGGAUGACGAUCCUGUGGAUAAUGAAAAAGCCUGCAGCUUCCUGGUGGCUCUGAUGCAGAAGGACCGCCGACGCUACCGCAAGCAGGGCCAGGAAUUAUAUGCCAUUGGCUUCAGUAUCUACAAGGUUCCUGUGGAGUUACGCGGUUCUCCAAGUGUGCGUCUGCAAAAGGAUUUUUUCCUGCGCCACUCUUCCUGUGCACGUUCUGAGGCCUUUGCCCACUACCGGGAGGUGAGUGCACGACUCCGGCUGCCUCCAGGAGAUUAUCUGAUCGUUCCCUCCACCUUCAAACCCAGCAAGGAGGCCGACUUUGUUCUGAGAGUCUUCACUGAGAAACAGUCCAAGACACAAGAGCUGGGCAAUGACGUGUCGUUCACCCUGAGUGAAGAGAGCGAUAUCACAGAGCGAGACAUUGACCCCUCAUUCAAAACCCUGUUUGCCAGUCUUUCUGGAGAGGAUAAGGAGAUAUCAGCUGAGGAGUUAAGGGGCUUUCUGAACACUCACAUAGUGCCUCGACUCGGUGAUUUAAAGACAGACGGUUUCAGUUUGGAGGCGUGCAAGAGUAUCGUGGAGCUCCUGGACACAGAUGGAAGCGAACGUCUGGGCUUGGUGGAGUUCCAGAUCCUGUGGAAUAAAUUAAAGAAGUGGAUGGAAAGUUUCUGCAAGUUUGAUCUGGACAAGUCAGGCACCAUGAACUCCUAUGAGAUACGUCUGGCCUUGGAAUCAGCUGGUUAUGAGCUCAAUAACAAGCUGAACCAGCUGCUGGUGGCUCGAUACGCUGACAAAGGGGUAAUCGACUUCGAUAACUUCAUCUCUUGUCUGGUCAAACUGGAAACUGUGCUAAGAGCCUUCAAGAAACUGGACAAGGAUGGGACUGGGUUCGCUAAGCUCAACAUCUCUGAGGUGAUUUAUUUGCUAAUGCAUUUACACAAGACUGCGUAG